AUGACGUAAAUAGUUAAUACGUGUGUACGUCGCAACCAAUAAAAAAAACUUGGUAGAAACAGAGAAAAUCUCGGUAAGCGGGACCUUUUAACCUGAAACAUUUUCGACUGACACACUUACGAGUUUGAAAGAAAGUAUGUCAACUUGUAUCGAUUGUUUAGUGAGAAAUUAGAUCAUUGAUCGAAAUGAAUUAUCAUCUGAAAAAAUUCACAUAGCAAAAAAUGCAGUGGUCAAUGAAAGCAAAUAGCAUCUUUAAUAUCCUGUGAAAUUAUAAAAUGCCGUUUAAGCUCAAGUUAAAGAAAAGCAGGCAAUAUAAUGUUGUGUCAAAAAAUCUUUGUGUUAUUUCUGUGGAGUUAUUAGACAAUACAACUGUUGAAUGCACUCUGUCUUCCCAGAGCAUUGGACAGGAAUGUCUACAUAAUGUUUGCCAGAGACUAGGUUUACAACAGCCAAUGUACUUUGGGCUUCGAUUUUUAUCAAAAAGAGGAACGUUCUGGUGGAUUGAUUUAGAAAGACCAUUAAAAAAACAAUUGGACAAAUAUGCACAAGAAUGUUGUUUAUAUUUGGGUGUUAUGUUUUUUGUAUCUGAUGUUAGCUUACUUCACGACGAAGUAACAAGAUAUCAUUAUUUUCUUCAAUUAAAGAAAGAUAUUAUUGAUGGAAAACUUCAAUGUAAUAAAGAACAAGCCAUCUUGCUAGCAAGUUAUAGUUUGCAAGCUGAAUUUGGGGAUCAUGAUCCAAAACGGCAUAGCAUAGAAUACCUCAGCAAUUUUGUUCUCUUACCUAAAAAUAUGAUAUCUGGGAAGGAGAAUCAGGAAGCAUUAAUGGAACAAGUCAUUAGUACUCAUAUCAGUUUGCAAAAUUUAUCACCUGCUAGAGCAGAAGUAUAUUAUAUAAUGGAAGCGCAACAGAUUGCUGGAUAUGGUCAAGAGAUAUUUCCUGGAAAAGAUUCAUCUGGAUUAGAACUCAUUAUUGGUAUAUCUUCUGCUGGCAUAACAGUUAAAUACCAAAAUAGUCAUUCUACAUUAUAUUUUAAAUGGCAAGAAAUAAUUAAUAUCAUUCAUCAUAAAAAAAUUUUUGGUAUAGAAUGUCACAAAACAUUGAAGCAAAUUCAAUUUCAAAUGGAGGAUUCACAUUUUGCUUCAUACGUAUGGAAAAUAUGUGUUAACCAGCAUAGGUUUUAUACUCAACAUGAAUCCACAAAAAGCACAGAAGCUAUUACUGAAGAAGAACCAGUUGAAGGUAUAAAUAAAAUAAAGAAUACUGAAACUAACUCGGUACCAGAAAACCUAAAUUAUGAAAAAGCAAAGUCUUCUGGUGACUUACAAGCAAGUCAAGAAUCAUUAGAUGAAUUAGGUGUCUAUCACACAGAAGGAAGAUAUAGUGAACGGGUACCUUUAUCGUGCGAAGAACAAUACAAGACUGUACCAGAUGAUAAUAAACUAGAGAAUCGGUCGUCUGUUCAAAUAUCCUCCAUGCCUGUUGAUUCUCUCCAGUCUCUCUCUUCUGGGAGCAACACAGGACCAAACGUUUUAUCUCAGAGUAGUUUAGGUUCAUUGACACAGCUAAAUGAAAAUACUACUGUAUCCUCAUUUAAUCAUCAAGGAGUUAAUGAUUUGGAAGCAAAGCAAAUUUUGCUUCCUUCAUAUCGUCAGGCACCUGAUUAUGAAACUGCUAUAAGACAAAAAUAUGGAGUAAAUAGUUCAAAUCUUGGUGAUAUUUCAACAUCUACUGUUUAUAAUGCAAUGCAUGUUAAUUCACCUGCCUUUGGAGAAAAUGAUUCUUCCCAUCCUUAUAUUUCUUAUUACAAAAAUUAUGUAGAAACAAUGCAAAUAGAACAAUAUUCUCAAGAUGGAAAUAUUGCUGAUAGUUCUGUAACAACAAAUCAUUAUGAUCAUUCUGCACUUCAUGCUCUUCUUUUGUCCCCUACACAUACUUACAGUACACCAGAACUUACAUCCAAGGGAUUGGCAUCAGAUAAUCCUAAUAAUCAUACAGCUUCAAAUAUGCAUAUUUAUUAUCAAUAUAAACCACCUCCACCAUAUCCUUAUGGUCAAAGGUCUAGUUCAAGUACUCCAGAUUUAACAAGAAAUGUUCAGGGAGGAAUCAAUCAAAACUUGGUUUUAAGUCAUAACUUAGAUUCUGCAUCUAAUUCUCAAUUAUCAGAUCAACAAAAUCGAAUGGGUUCCGAACCAACUAUUUAUCCUCAAAAUUCUUCUUCUGUACCUACUAGAAACUGUCAAAGUUUUACUUAUAGUGAAAUUACUUCAAAAACUCAACUGAAUGAUCAGUCAAAUUUAAUUUCACCAACAUAUUAUCUAGCUGGAAACAACUUGCAAGUAAGAGAGAAUAUUGAAGCAUCCAAUUCCACAACUAUAUUAAAUACAGAUAUAUUGUAUAAUUAUGUUAAUCAAAACAUGAUGAUGCAACAUACUAAUCAAACAAAUGAUAUAAAUGAAUCUAGUGUAGCCCACGAACAUAUUGAACAGCCAAAUAAUUCUCUAUGGAAUAUUCCACCUGUGCUGACUGAUUCUGAUCAUCAAAAACAUACAUUUACACCUAAUUUAUAUCAAUGUCCAGAAAUAAAAGGGCAAGAAGCUAACGUAAUUCAUCAUGCACAGUGGAAAAAUUAUAGUCAUCCAAAAAUUACUACUAUACAAGAAUCAGAAAGUACACCCGAUACAUCACAAGAAGAAUGCAGUCAUGCCAUGGGUCCAAUGCUAGUAGCUGCCAUGAAUGGUCUUGCAUUAUCCCACCCCGAUAUAAUUUUAACUCAGGAAGAAGAAAACAAAAAGCCAAGAGAUGCAAGGGUACAGCAACUUGAAAACAGAUUGGCAGAGGGACAAGUUUUUUUAGAGUUUGAACAAAUCAUAAAGAAGAAACCUAUAGAUGAUUUCAGCACAGCCAUUCUUCCAGAGAAUCUCGGCAGAAAUAGGUUCAAAGAUGUUUUACCGUACGAAGACAAUCGUGUGCGUAUUACACCAAAUAAAGAAAAUCGUACUGGAUACAUAAAUGCAUCUCACAUUGCAAUAACAGUUGUUGGAACACAGAAAUUUUAUAUUGCAGCUCAAGGUCCAUUAUCCACAACUGUUCAUAGUUUUUGGCAAAUGAUUUGGGAACAUGAUGUUAAUAUUAUAGUUAUGCUCACAGAAAUAUGGGAGCAAGGCAGAGAAAAAUGUUUUCCAUAUUGGCCUCAAGAUAAUGAUUCCAAUAAUAAAUUACAGAUUGGAGAGUUUCAGAUUCUCAGGAAUUCAAGUAUAUCUUCUCCUACAUUUGUAACUAGUUCUCUUACUGUAAAUCAUAUGAUAUCUCAUAGUCAACGUUCAGUUUGGCAUAUACAAUAUACGGAUUGGCCUGAUCACAGUUGUCCUCAAAAUUUGCAAGGUUUUCUUGGUUUUAUGGAAGAAAUUAAUGCAGUAAGGAGAAUGGCAAAUAAAAGUCAAACUCCAGGUAGAAGAACUAAUUCUCCUAUUGUAGUUCAUUGUAGUGCUGGUGUUGGAAGAACCGGAGUUGUUAUUUUGUGUGAUAUCAUGCUUUUUGCUUUGGAUCACAAUGAGGUAAUUGACAUGCCAAAAGUUUUAACGGAGUUAAGAUUACAAAGAAUGUUGACUGUUCAGACAAUCGCUCAAUACAAAUUUGUGUAUACUGUACUCAUACAGUAUCUGAAAAAUGCUCGGCUCAUUUAAAGAUGUCUACGUAGCUUCUACGUUUAAUUCAAUAUUUGAAUUUUUCAUCAGUUAUACUUGCAACAAAAAUUUACAUAAAUGUGUGGAGCUUCAUUUUUUACAACUGUUUUGAAAAUAUUUUUAUUAGUAUUAUUUGUAAGUUAAUUUAUAAAUGUUUAAUUCAGCUCUAGUAUGUAAACUAGAUCUUUAGCAAUGAGCUACCAAUAUGUUUUAUAUAAAACAAAUGUGUGUUAUUUGGGUUCAAUUUUUUAACCAAUGGACAAUUUUGCCGAUUUAAGAAUGUACAUUAUCUAUUUAAAAUUUUAUUCUUUUUAUAAAAAUUUGUGUUUUGGGUUAAAGAAAAUUAGGUAUAUGAAUUUUCAUUUAGAGCAGAAAGUUUUAUAAUGUAUACAGAACUGAUGACAAAAAAUUUGAUAUUUCUGAUCAACAAAGGAAAUUUGUGAAUAAAUGUAUACUUGUGCCAAAAAGUUUCAUUGUAGAAAGCAACAUACCAAUGAAUUUAUUAUACCCAACUUGGCUUUAUGAUAUAUCUGAACAAUGUCAUUGAAUGCAGUAUGUUACAAGAAAUAUGUAUGCAAUCUCUACAUGAAUUGGAUUGAGAAUUUACUUCUCUUAUUAGUAGAAGCAAGAAAAAUCAAAUGAUUGUCUUUUAAGUUAAAAAUUAAGAACUGUACUCAGUACAAUUUAAAUCUACUUUUCUAUAUUGUGUAAAGAAAUUAUAAAAUGUUACAAAAGUUUAAAUGAACUUUUGCUAUUAAUUCUAAGAAUAAUACAUAUGUAAAUUAUCAGUUUUUGAGCAGAUAUGCAUGUAAACUCAUUUUAGAUUAAGCAAUUAUGAGUGUAUCAUUCUAAUUUAAAAUUAUUUAACAAGUUGAUUGUCACAUUGUUAGGUUAUCAGUGAUACUGAAUAUGUAUAUGUAUAUGUCAAUCAGACCUGUUUAAUGCUAUCAUUAGCAUCUUUGUAUGACUUGAUACAUAAAGAAACAAUAAUUUGAAAUUUUUAAUGUAUUUUUAUGAACAUCCUCAUAAAUAAUGCCAUUAAAGAGAACAUCUUUAAAUGGAUAAAUUAUUUUUAUUCAAUAGUUUAGACAUUUGAUUAUCAGUCAAUAACAAUUUUUGCAUCAAUAGUAUUUUAUUGUAUAGCUAGUUAGUAUUUAUAUUAUUUAU